ACGACGUCCACCGAGUAGACACUAGUACUGACUCGCAGGAGCAAAAAUGCCUCGAAUUCUUUUUGUUAGCGGUUUCCACCCUUCCACUCGCGCCCGUGAUCUCGCCUACGAAUUCGAACGAUUUGGUCCGCUCAUUCGCUGCGACGUUCCCGCACCUCGUAACCCGCACGCCCAUUCGAACCCUUACGCUUUCGUCGAAUUCCGCUCCAACCGCGAUGCCGAAGAUGCAUACUACGACAUGCACGGACGCAAUUUCGAAGGAAACCGUCUAAGCAUCCAGUGGGCUAAAAAUCCUCCGUCAUCCGUCUGGCGCUACGACCGUCGCUCGUCUCCUUCCGGCCACCGUCGCGAGCGGUCUCGCAGCCCCCGUCGUCCCCGCCGCGACGACCGUGACGACCGCGAGAGGGAGCGUGAGCCCCGCAGGAGAAGCAGGAGUCCCGACCGCAAGAGGAGGAGCCCUACCCCUGAGAAGAGAGACGACAGGGACCGUGAGAGGGAGAGGGAGCGGGAGAGGGUUGAGAGGGGGAGGACACCCCCUUUGGAUGAUAUCAAAAAGGACGAGGAUGGUGCCAGGACGCCUCCCUACGAGGAGCGCUGAGCACUUGACAUACCUCCUUCCCGAAGGCAAUUAUUCUCGUUGAUUCCUUCCUUCCUCCUUUCAUCUUCGCCCAAAAAUAGUUCCGCUUUCGUUCGUUUCUGUCUCGGCAUGCGCAUGUAUAUCAUCCGUGUCUUCUGUUUUGCUCUAUGUUCUAUCUUUUCUGUUUCGUUUCUGUUAGCACUGGAUGUGGCACUUUGUUGAUAUCUUGAUCUUCGUGUAUAGUCGUUGAAGAAAGAAAUUUGAUAAAGGACCUCUAGGCGCUUCUUUUCUCGUCCUCGCUUUGCUCGGCCCUGGUCUGUGGCCCAGCAUCUACC